GGGCAGGCCGCGUGCCAUGGGCAGAGCCUUGCGGGGCGCGGCAGCACCCCCGUCACGUGCCCAUCGUCGCCCACUCACAGACGGCGGCUCGGACCCGCCCCCGCCGGGCUGUUGGCGGCAGCAGCGGGCGGGCUGAGGUGUCGGUAACGGCCGGGAAACUUGUGAAGAAUGUGUGGGCGCACGGCCUGCGCUCUGGGAGCAGAUCGCAUCCGCCGGGCCUGUAUGUACCGUGAUAACCAUGGUAGAACAAGACAACCUGAAUGGAGAGAUGCUGAUAAAUACAGCCCCUCCUACAACAAGAGUCCCCAGUCCAACAGCCCUGUGCUGGUUUCCCGACGACACUUCGAGAAGGAUGCUGACUCUUCUGAGCGUGUCAUCGCUGCUAUGCGCUGGGGGCUGGUCCCAGCCUGGUUUAGAGAAGCUGACCCUUCCAAAAUGCAGUAUAAAACAUCCAACUGUCGCAGCGAUACCAUGAUGGAGAAACUCUCCUACAAGGGACCUCUGAUAAAGGGCAGGCGCUGUGUAGUGCUGGCAGAUGGAUUCUAUGAAUGGCAGCAGCACAAUGGAAAGAAGCAGCCCUAUUUCAUUUACUUCCCACAGCCCAAGCAAGAAAUGGCAGAUGGGAAAGAUGAUGAUGAAGAGUGGAAAGGCUGGAGGUUACUCACCAUGGCUGGGAUUUUUGAUUGCUGGGAGCCCCCUGAUGGAGGGGAUGCAUUGUACACCUACACCAUCAUCACAGUAGAUGCUUCUAAAGGCUUAAGUGAUAUCCAUAACAGGAUGCCAGCUAUCCUGGAUGGGGAUGAGGCCAUCAGGAAAUGGUUGGACUUUACAGAGGUAUCAACACAGGAAGCCCUUAGGCUCAUCCACUCCACAGAGAACAUUGCUUUCCACCCGGUUUCCACUAUAGUAAACAACUCCAGAAACAAUACACCAGAAUGCCUCGUUCCCAUUGGGUUGGGACCAAAGACGGAAACCAAAGUCAGCACUAGCAGCAAAAUGAUGUUGGACUGGGUGAAAAACAAGUCUCCCAAGAAAGAGGAAGAUGAUUUGCCCAGAUGGUCCAGCCAGUUCAUCCAAAUCACUGCACCCAAGAGAACCAGUGCAGGCUUAAUGCACCAGUGGCUGAAGAAGGAAGAAGGGGAUCCUUGUGCAAAGAAGCCCAAAACUCAAUGAACUGACUUUCAGUUCUGAGUUCCUAAGCAGAUGCAGCGUGUUAGCUUGUUAGAUCCUGCAGACUGGUAGUGAGACUUCUGUGACUUUGUUGCAUUGAGCGUUUAAACAUGAUCUCUAGCACUGAUGUGAUUUUGUAGCUUGUUGCCCUUCUUGUGCUGAUGAUUUACUGAUUCAGGAGAGCAGUGUUUGUUUUUUAAAACUUUCUUUCUUGUCUUCCAUUAGCAGGGACAUAGAUUUAAUGUGCAAUGCUCACCUCCCAUCAACUUUUUCACUGCAGCCUAGUGGUUGGCACUGACUUGCCUUGGGAACAUUUAUGAAUCAGAUACAUGUGUGAGAGGCACUAAAACCCAAUCCAUGCUCUUCCCAUUGGAUGAGGAACAGAAAAACUGCAUGGAAUUCUUUCCUGCAGUGGUAUUAAGCUGGUUCUCCUUUGUGUUAAUUCUCCUAUAUAGUGUCUGUUCUAUACAGAUUAUUUUGGACUUUUGAUGUUUUGAUGCUUGAGAACUUCUGCAGCUGAAAAAAUGAACAAAAGAACCUAUGUUAAACUGGUAUUUAAAUCAGAGACAGAGCCCCAUUUUCCAAGGCCAGGAAAUUCUGGGCUAACACUGCCUUGCUUUGUGUCAGCUCAGCAACAUGUAUGGGCCUCUGCAUACGGGUUCCAGAACAGUGGGAUCCUGAUGUCAUAUGUGGAAAGGAGAAUGUUCAGCAUCCUGGAAGCAAGUGCCAUGGGUACAGGUGCCUUUUAAAACUGAGGAAGCAUUCUACUGUGGAAAUGGGGAGGGGUGUGUGUGUGUGUGUGUGUGUGUGUGUGUGUGU